UUUUCAGACGAUGGCUACUCACUCUUCGCCUUCCACGGCAAGCUCAACGAAGAAAUGGAAGGCCUGGAAGCAGGUCAAUGGUCUCGCGACAUUACGAAACCUAAAGAAGGACGAUGGAUCUUCAAAGACCGAAAUGCUCAGCUUAAGAUUGGAGACAAGAUUUACUUUUGGACUUAUGUGUUAAAGAAUGGCAUUGGAUACAGGCAGGAUAAUGGGGAAUGGACAGUUACUGGUUACGUGGACGAAGCAGGAAAUCCUAUAAACCCCGAUAACCGACCGGAACAAACAGUAGACGAAACAUCUGCUGGUGAAACAUCUUCUAGUGAAACACCUGCUAGUGAAACAUUUGCUGGCGAACCAGUAUUUUCUGCACCACCUCCAAUACACUCGUCAAGUCCUACAGCAUCUAGUCCACCAAGCGAAGGAUUCCCUUGCGAGAUAUCGGAGUCCUUGGUAUCAGUGCCAGGAUUCGUUUGUAAAGGACAAUUGUUGUUUGAGGAUAAUUUUAACUCAAAUAUUGCGAAAGGGAAGAUUUGGACUCCUGAGAUUCGAUUUCCUGGAGAGCCUGAUUAUCCCUUCAACGUAUACCUCAAUGACAGAAACCUUCGGGUUAGAGGUGGAAAUCUGAUCAUCAAACCUGUCACUUUGGAGUCCAAGUACGGAGAAGAGUAUGUUACGCAGUCUUUGGAUUUGACUGCUAGAUGUACAGGUACCCUAGGCACACCGCAAUGCGUACGUGAAGCGUCGGGUCCACAAAUUCUACCACCCAUCAUCACUGGCAAGAUUACUACAAAGAAUAAGUUCAGCUUCAAGUAUGGCAGGAUUGAGGUCAGCGCUCGUAUGCCUCUUGGGGAUUGGUUGGUACCAGAAAUUCAGCUGGAACCUCGAGAUAAUGUGUACGGCAUCAACAACUACGCGUCGGGCUUGAUGCGCAUUGCGCUAGUCAAGGGAAAUGUGGCGUAUUCCAAAAAGCUCUACGGAGGACCUAUUAUGUGUGACACUGAACCAUACAGGAGCAAACACUUAAAAGAAAACAUCGGAUAUGACCACUGGAACAAAGCCUUUCACAAUUACACUUUAAUUUGGAGACCUGCCAGUAUAUCCGUGUUCGUGGACGGAGAGCAGUAUGGGGAGGUGACGCCUGGCGAAGGCUUUGCAGCUGAUGCAAGCAAAGAUGGUGUGCAGGCGGCGCCACAAUGGCUCAAGGGCAGCGUUAUGGCUCCUUUUGACGAGUUUUUCUACGUCGCAAUCGGGCUUAAUGUUGGCGGAGUGCAUGAUUUCGAAGACGAGCCAAGCAAGCCGUGGAUGAACCGAGCCACAAAAGCCAUGCUCAACUUCUGGAACGCGCAGAACCAAUGGCGGUCAACAUGGUAUGAUGAUACCAGCUCGCUGAAGGUCGAUUACGUUAGGGUCUAUGCACUGUAAAAAGGAUUGAAGUGGUAGUUAUGCAAUCAGUGCCGGCUUUGCCUAUGGUGCAAGGUGUUCAGAACGCCUCUCGCGACGCCUCCAAACGGGCUGUUGCUUCACAACAUUUAUAAUUUGCACCCGAAUUUCCGAUCACUGGAGUAAGUAUUACAUUUCGACCUGCCUACUAGAGGACGCCAUAGAUAAUUCAUUGCACCCGGGCACCACAUGGGUUAACGCCAGAGCUGUUUGCAACCUCAAAAUAUACCUGCCAUAAUAAAAAAAUAUAUUUAGUUGA